AAGCCGCUGGAGCAGCAGCAGGGUGGGCAUCGCCGCUGGGAGCCCGCGGGCCGCUGGCAUUGGCGGUGGCAUCUCAGCGCUGGAGCAUGGUGCUGUGAGGACGGGCAGACCCUGCCCAGUGCCCUGUGCCAGCAUGAGGGCUGCCCCUGGCCACUGGCUGUCCCUGGCCACACUCCUGCUCUGCCUCCUCCUGCAGCAGCUGGGCAGCAGCAGGGCAUGGAAGCAGCACGCCCCACGCCUCCGCCUCGCCUACAAAGACCUGCUGAAAUCCAACAGCUCUCGCCUGCUGCUGGCCUCAGGGGAUGGGUUGGAUUUCCAAGCCCUCUUGGUGGAUGAAGACAGGGCCUGGCUGAUGGUGGGAGCAAAAAACCAUAUCUUCCUUCUCCACCUGGACCAUCCCAGCAGAGAGCCUGAGAAGAUUUUCUGGCCAGCCCCCAGGGAGCAGGUCGAGCACUGCCAGCUGGCAGGGAAGAACGUGGAGACCGAGUGUGCCAACUUCAUCCGCCUCCUGCAGCCCUACAACCAGAGCCACGUGUUCGCCUGCGGCACCGGCUCCUACCAGCCCGUCUGUGCCUUCAUCCAGCUGGGAGCCCGGGGCAAGGGUGCCCGGGCUCCCCGCAUGCAGCUGGUGACCCACUCCUUGGAAUCGGGGCGAGGACGGUGCCCCUACAGCCCCCACGAGCCCUUCACGGGACUCCUCAUCGGUGGGGAGCUGUAUUCAGGCACCUCCAGUGACUUCAUGGGCAGCAGCGCUGCCUUCUUCCGGACCUGGGUGCAUGGGGCUGAGCAGAGCUACAUCCGCACGGAGCAGAACCAGGACCACUGGCUGCACGAGCCUGUGUUUGUUGGUGCCUACACCAUCCCUGAUACCUACAACCCCAAUGAUGAUAAAGUCUACAUCUUCUUCCGUGAGACGGCCAUGGACGCUGGGCAGUGGGAGCAGCGGCACAUCCACGCCAGGGUGGCCAGGGUCUGCAAGAACGAUGUUGGAGGGAAGCGCGGCCUCAUCAACCGCUGGAGCACGUUCCUGAAGGCCCGCCUGGUGUGCUCCAUCCCGGGGCCGCAGGGCACUGAGACCCACUUCGACCAGCUGGAGGAUGUUUUCCUGCUGCGCACCCGCGACCCCCAGAACCCCCUUGUCUUUGGGCUCUUCACGGUCUCCAGCGGCGUCUUCAGUGGCUCUGCCGUCUGCGUCUACUCCAUGGCUGCCGUGAGAGCCGCCUUCAGCGGCCCCUUCGCACACAAGGAGGGAUUCGACUACCGCUGGGUGGAAUACAAGGGCCGUGUCCCCUACCCCCGCCCCGGCACGUGCCCCAGCGAGACCUACGACCCCCUCCUGCAGUCCACCAAGGACUUCCCUGACGAGCUGAUCAGCUUCAUGCGCAGCCACCAGCUGAUGUGGGAGCCCGUGUACCCGCAGGGCCGGCAGCCCGUGCUGCUCCGGGUCAAUGUGCCCUACCGGCUGCGGCGGCUGCUGGUGCACCGGCUGGACACGGAGAGCCGCGACUACGACGUGCUCUUCCUGGGCACAGAUGACGGCAAAGUCCUGAAGGUGGCCCUGGCCGGCGGGGCGAGCCGCAGUCCCGAGGUGAUCAGUCUGGAGGAGAUCAGCGUCACUAAGGUACCUUCUCCCAUCCUGGACAUGAAGUUAUCACCAAAGCGGCAGGAGCUGUUUGUGAGCAGCACCCAUGGGCUGCUCCAGCUCUCCCUGUACCGAUGUGAGCUCUACGGCAAAACCUGCACCGACUGCUGCCUGGCCAGGGAUCCCUACUGCACCUGGGACAGCAAGACCUGCGCCCCACACCUGCUCACCGAAAAGAGGCGUGCCCGCUGCCAGGACGCGCUGAAAGCUGACCCGCUCAGCCAGUGCCAGGACACGGCAGAGGGGACAGCCGCGGUGGACAAGGUGGUUUUUGGCGUGGAGAAGAACUCGACCUUCCUGGAGUGCCUGGCGCGCUCCCCGCAGAUCACGGUGCGCUGGCUGGUGCGGCGCGGCGAGGAGACGGCCCCGAGCGAGGUCAGGAACAACGGACGUUUCUUGGUGCUGGAGCAAGGGCUGCUGAUCCGCCAGCUGUCGAGGGAGGACGUGGGCACCUACGAGUGCCAGGCGGUGGAGCGCUCCUUCUCCCGGCUCCUCACCCGCUACAGCCUCCGCCUCAUCCGGCAUGAGGCCGCGGAGCUGCCCCCGUACAAACGGAGCAAGGAGCCGGGAGGGACCCAGCAGAGCCCCCGGCCCCGGACUGAGCUGCAGCCGGGCUCCAAGGGCUUCCCGCGGGCCCUGGGCGCCCCGGGCACCAGCCUGGAUGCCUACUGCAAUGCCCUGCGGCUGCAGGAGCGGCAGCGGCAGCGGGCCUGGCACAAGUGGCAGCACCAGGCCCCGGACAGCAAGAACGGCCGGGUGCGGAGGCACCCGCAGCGCCUGUGAGGGCAGAGGGGGCCCGGGCUGCCCACAGCUCCCUCCCCGGUCUCUCCAGGGCCCUCCUCGCACGUCGGCACCAGCUCCGGGACACUCUGGCCUUGCCGUGCAGAGCCGCCUCGCUGUUACUACCUCAGCCCCCGCCAGCCCCGCCGCCUCUCCGCGCCCCACGGGGCACCGGGGCCCAGGCAUGCAGCCCGCGCCGCCUCCCCGAGGCUCAGAGCUAUUUACCUGCACAAUAUUUAUUGUCCUUGCUUUCCCUGGCUUUGACUGACGAUCAGCCGCAGCAAUAAUAAGCACAGAGAACAGGGAGGGGCAAGGGCCAGCCGUGUGAUGCCUCCCUCGGCUCCGGAGGCAGCAGGAUUUUCACCUGGGUGGCUGCCGAGGUGUGGAUGGAGCCCAGGUGCUGCUGGAAGCAGCAGGACACAGUUGCUGGCUGAGGCUGGGCCCCAGAUGUGCAGAGAUGCUCAUGCCCAGCCCAGCUCCAACCCACUUCAAACGACACCACUUUCCUUUUUUCAUUUUGACAUUUAUUUUACUGGGAAAAAAAAAAAAAGGAGAAGCAACAGGCAGUUAUACCAACUUACAAUUUAUUAUUUUUUUAAAAAAUGACAUGAAACACAAGUAAAAAUAAAUACAUCAUAUAAACAACAAAUUGUUCAAAGUCUCUGUUCUGGGAGAUCAGGCGAGCACAUCCCGUUAGACAGAGAGAAGAGGGAAGCACAUGAUCAUGCGUGGGGCCAACCGACCGACCCGCCCGGUAGCAAUACUCUUUCCAACCACAACAAGACAGGCCACAAACUAAGGCGGUAGUAAAAAAAGAAAAGAAAAGAAAAAAAAAAACAAAGAAAAAGAAA